CCCGAACGACAGAAGAUCAGCAGCUAGCGGCACAGCUCAGCCUGGAGAGCAGCGGAAAGCUGAUAAGGAUGAGUUCAUGUGCUGACAUCUGUGGGUCCAAACAACCUCAAAAUACUCCAGAAGGAAUAUACCAUCGUUAUGGAGUUCGGUCCUACCUCCACCAGUUUUAUGAGGACUGCACAGCUUCAAUCUGGGAAUAUGAUGAUGAUUUUCAGAUCCAGAGAUCGCCUAGUAGGUGGAGCUCUGCUUUCUGGAAGGUCGGACUCAUAUUGGGCAUUAUCCUCAUGCUGGCGGGUCUAACGGUGCUUUCAGUGGGGUUUCUAGUACCACCUAAAAUCGAAGCUUUUGGGGAAGAUGAUUUUGUGGUCGUGGAUAGCCACGCCAUUCAGUUCAACGGAGCCCUUGAUAUCUGUAAGUUAUCAGGGGCCAUUUUGUUCUGCAUUGGAGGAACUACACUGGCUGCAUGUCUUUUGAUGUCUGCCUUUGCUAAAAGUUACUCCAAAGAAGAAAAGUACCUUCAACAAAAAUUUAAAGAAAGAAUAGCAGACCUAAAAGCUCACGUUCAUCCAGUGACAAAGGCCCCAGCUCCAGGAGAAGCAAAGAUACCCGUCACUUUGUCCAAAGUUCAAAAUGUCCAGCCUUCAUCAGAAACCUGACAUUUACCCUUCAAUGUAAAAUUCUUGAAAUUGAAAAAGGUCAGCUUUUGUGAUUUUUACAGUGAAAGUCUUGUUUUGCAGUACAGUUCAACUGUACAUGGCUGAAAAAUAUACACAUAGCCCUAACAGCAAAAAUGUGAAAAGAUCAUGGGUUCUUGUGUGUUUUUAUGGAAAGCUUUUUAAGUGGUAAAUCUUUUACAUUCAUAAUGAUGGAAACAUCCAGAAUGCCCUUGAUAUGGUUCCAUACCAGCAGCAUAUUGCUUUUUCUGUUGAGCCCUGAUAUUUACUUGUAAGUGAGCAAAUGAGAAAAUGGGCAAAUAUAAUGGAAGUAACAGCUGAAACGGAUGUGUUGAGAGGAGAGAGAUUGACUGCUUGGGGUGACUUUGAAAAGCAAACAGUAGAUUUGCUCUUAACGUAGAAAUUUCUAUAUGUCUUUAACACUGAUCCAUUAUAUUUCCUUUCAUUCUUCCUUGUAUUAGUGUAGCUGGAUAGUGGCCUUGGUACCGUGUUGUCACAAACCCCUGUUAUUUGUUCUGUUCCUUUGCUAUUGUUUGGUCACCAUUCACUUUCACGUCUCCAUCUUUUAACAUCUAGAGAUGUGAAGCCAAUGAAAUGCUAUGUGUCAAAUGAAUAACGAUGUCUGCUUAAAAUGUUGACAUGAAUAGUUUGCACCUUGUGCCGUUUACGUUCAUAAAAGUCAUAUACGAAACCA